CCCGCGACAGGAAGUGAGUGUUGUAGGUGCUACGCAGGCGCAAAUUGACCUUUCGGUUGAAGAACCCGUCGGUCACAUGUGAGUGUCGAUAAAUAUCUUAGUUUUAUCGUGAAUCCCUUAUUAAUAGUUAUAAUUAUUGUUUUCAUCACUCCUGACCGUAUCUAAAACUCGGCACACACACAAUGGCUGACAUCGAGGAUACACACUUCGAGACCGGGGAUUCCGGGGCCUCCGCCACCUUCCCCAUGCAAUGCUCCGCCCUGCGCAAGAACGGUUUCGUCAUGCUCAAGGGUCGCCCCUGCAAAAUCGUCGAGAUGUCCACUUCUAAAACCGGCAAGCACGGCCACGCUAAAGUUCACUUGGUUGGAAUCGAUAUUUUUAACGGCAAGAAAUACGAAGAUAUCUGCCCUUCCACCCACAACAUGGACGUGCCCCACGUGAAGCGCGAAGACUACCAGCUGACCGAUAUCUCUGACGACGGCUACCUGACCCUCAUGGCUGACAACGGUGACUUACGUGAGGACCUGAAGAUCCCAGACGGUGACCUCGGCACCCAGUUGCGUUCCGACUUCGAUAGCGGCAAAGAGCUGUUGUGCACUGUGCUGAAGUCUUGCGGUGAGGAGUGUGUAAUCGCAGUCAAGGCAAACACAGCUCUCGACAAAUAAACCAACUCAGCAUUUAUAGGGAUAUACAUACAUAUAAUUUUUUUACAAUCAACAGCUCUUACAUAAAUGUAAAACAUAAUACUAUGUAUAAUUUAACAUAAAAUAUUAUGGUUUGACGUGGUGCUGGCUCGUCGCCGUCCACUCCGUACCAUUGGGCACCUCAUGAUGAUAUGGCACAGCGUGCAGUCCGUAUCGGUGAUGCGGUCCCAUUGUUGUAAGGAUAACAUUCUAGUAAAAUGUGUCAGUUUCUUAUCGUGCGGAGCUCGCUGUACUGAAAGCUCGUCGCCUUACCGCCUUGUCACUAACUUGUGGGACCACAAGGCUUCGGCCUCUGAGGUUUGAUUACAGCGAGUCAUUGGCCGCCUAGCUUUGCAUGUGAAGACGGUUAUUGCACACGGACAUGAAAAUGUAAUAAAGUAACCGUGCGUGGGACGAUGAUGCAUUAAUUUAUUUAUACUUAAGUGUAAUAUUGUGCCCUCGGGUGGAGUGGAGCGGCGGCGGGCGGCCGCGUGCGACCGGCCGGAACUUCACGUUUGUUUUUGUUUUGUUUGUUCUCUUUUCGCUUACAACGUCUACUAAACGUUAAAGUUACGUUGCGCUCCGCAAACCGCCAAAGGUUUGUCGAUGGACAUCGGUGUGAUGAAAAUUCCCGUGGUGGAUUAAAAGUUUUAUAACGGUAUAUAACCCGAAAAAGAGAUGGACGCAAACUUGAAGUUAUUACCAUAUUUUAAUGCUAAAUUAAUGAUACAUAUAAAAAAUCGAGAAAAUGCGCAAAAAAAUAGAAAUAAAUAAAAUUCUUGAA